AUGUUCACCCUCAUCAGCAGUUUCUAUACCACGAACGGCACAUACUACAUCGAGCCACCUACAGCAGCAGGCGAGUACUGCGGCGAGACCGCAGUAGGGCCUUUCGAUGUCACGAGCGGAGUGUGUGAGAAACCCGGGGCGUAUUCCGUAUCGAUCCUGCCGCUCGCGGAUAGAUCAUGUACAUAUACCGUCUUCCACGGCACGCAACAUUGCACGAAUGCGUCGUCGAAGCAGGUGUACAAGCUUCCACGUGGAGGGAAGCAAGUCUGUGCUACGCUCGGCAUCUAUAAUCCCAGCGAGAGGCACUACAAUUCUGGGUUAUUGGAGUGUUUAGACGAUGUAUUGUAUUGGUAG